AUGGCUCCCAUCGCUCUGCCUACUCCUGAGCCUCCUCAUCUGCUUGUCUCUCCCUCCAAGACUCUCAAGAGCAUCAAAGGCGACACGCCUGCUCCUUCCCUACCCACUCCCAUCAAAGACUUCUUGGCUGUUGAAGAGAACUCGAUAGUUGCUGCUGAAGUACCUGAAAUCCUUUGCACGGCAUUUGGCCUUGCACUUCGUUGCUAUCGAUCGGAAGGCGUGGCCUUUGAAUACCAUGACGAGUCGGCGGCCGGUCACGGAGCCGCCAUCACCCACAUCUCGUUCGAUCCAGACGAGUUCCACAAAGUCGACGAUCUCCUCAAGGCUGUGAGGAGAACACUGCAAAGUGCCCGAUCGGUUCUAGAUGCACCCAGCAACGCAUCCGCAACUCCAUCAUACCAGUCCUUCCGGAGCGCUGUGGUAUUCCGUCAAAUCCACGAAGGAUCUAGCGAUGACAAAUCCAUCCCCCCGUCACCCAAGCUUGACCUCGAGCUUCAUGCCAUCAACUCCGCCAAUGGCAUUGACAUCCAACUGCUUUAUACCCCAUCCACCGUCUCCGAGGACCUCGUGGUUCACUUGGCCGAUACCCUCCGUCAGACAUUCGACUUAAUCAACAACCACCCUGGAACGGAGCUUGACAAAGCAAGCUAUCUGGGCCCUCUGAGUCAGCAAAAGAUCUUUGACUGGAACUCAGCCCCACCUGCUGCAGUGCUCGAGUGCGCCCAUGAGCUGGUCCGACAGAGAGCCUCCCUGCAGCCACAGGCACCCGCCAUUGAUUCAUGGGAUGCCCAGAUGACCUACGCAGAGCUGGAUUCUCUGUCAGAUCGUCUGGCAACCGCCCUUGUUGAUGUGGGAGUCAAGGCUGAGGUGAUUGUACCUCUAUGCUUCGAGAAGACGGCAUGGUAUGUCGUGGCCAUGCUGGCCGUGCUCAAGGCCGGUGGAGCAUUCGUUCCUCUUGACCCAGCGCAUCCUUCCGCGCGUCUUCGCGAGAUUGUCGGCCAAGUCGAUGCGCCGGUCGUAUUGACAACAGCUAAAUACCAUAGCCUUUUCGUCGACUUCUCGGUGAAGGCCAUGAUAGUUGAUGCUGAGACAAUCAAGGAACAUGCCGCUCGCAACCUGGACUGCAUUCCAGCGUCUGCUUCCAACCCAGAGAAUCUCGCAUAUGUGAUCUUCACCUCCGGUAGUACGGGUAAGCCCAAGGGUACGAUGAUCCAGCACCAGUCCUUCUGCAGUGGAUCCCUGCGGCAGGGUGAAGAAGCCAACAUGGGACCCCAUUCUCGGAUCUUUCAAUUUGCGUCGUACAGUUUCGAUGUCAGCAUCCUGGAAAUCCUCACCGGGCUCAUCUUCGGUGCUUGUAUCUGUAUCCCGAAUGAGCAGCUGGGACGUGCAGACUUUGUACAGUCCAUGAAUGACUUCCGUGUCAACUGGGCUUUCUUGACGCCGUCGGUACUAAAGGUCUUGUCCCCGGAUCAACUACCGCUCUUGAAGACUUUGGUCUUGGGAGGUGAAGCCAUGUCCGAAUCGGAUAUGAUGACAUGGGCGGGAAGACUCCAGUUGAUGAAUGGUUACGGACCCAGUGAAUGUUCCGUCGCGGCCACUGCCAAUACCAAACUGAACCCCCAUUCCAGUCCGCGGAAUAUUGGCAGAGCUAUCGGUGGUGUCUGCUGGAUCGUUGACCCGCAAAACCACAACGUGCUCUUGCCGGUCGGUGCUGCGGGUGAGCUCAUCAUCCAAGGCCCAAUCGUUUCACGCGGAUACCUCAAAGACUCAGUGAAGACUGCCGCAGCCUUCUUCGACAGUCCAACCUGGAUGACCCCCGGUACUUCGCCAAUCUGGAACCGCUUCUACAAGACUGGCGAUCUCGUGCGCUAUGAUGCGGAGGGCAUGAUCCACUUCAUUGGGCGGAAGGAUCACCAAGUCAAGCUCCAUGGACAGCGCAUGGAACUGGGAGAGGUAGAGCACCAUCUCUGGACCGACGGUCUUGUCCGCAAUGGAAUGGCUCUCGUGCCAUACACUGGCCUCUGCAAGGCUCGUCUGGUUGGUAUCGUGUCCCUCCACAAACAGUUCGCAACUUCCUCGGUCCAGACACACCCAAUCAUCCGCCUGGUGGACCAUGCAGAGGCUGCGGCAGAUACGCGGGAAAUCGCAGAGCGCCUAUCACAGCUUCUUCCCACAUAUAUGGUCCCGACAGUCUGGAUCGUUUUGGAAAGUCUUCCGUUGAUGUCAUCCGGCAAAAUGGACCGGAAGAAGGUCGCAGAUUUUGUGGCCGACAUUAGCGCCGAGGCGUUCCAGCACAUCAUGGGUAAUGCCGACAAAUCCGACGAGACGCCAGUGAGCAAGACAGAGGCUCUUGUGCGCAGAGUUUGGGCGAAAACCCUUGACAUCCCUGAGGACCAGAUCGGCAAGCAUAGCAACUUCCUGUCGGUGGGCGGUGACUCCAUCAAGGCCAUGGCUGCCAUGUCAGAGUUCCGCCGACUGGGAGUAACUGUACUAGUAGCCGAUUUGUUGCGGUACGAUGUUAGCGAAGUUGCUUCAAAGAUCGAAGAGUCGGGUCUUGCGGAUUUGCUUCUCUUGGAAGGCCAGACGGGCAGCCAGGGUCAGCUCCCAGUGUCCCAUCUGCAGCAGACGUUCCUGGAGGCGUCUCACCUGGGCAACAGUGCUGUGCACCAUGCUAUCCUGCUUGAACUCGGACAAAAGAUCCGCAUUCAGCAGCUGAGCGAGUCACUAGACACUCUGAUCUCUUCCUACCCUGCGCUCACUCUUGGCUUCAAGGAGCAGAACGACACAUGGUCGCAAGUUUUCAGAGAUCACGACGAGCUUGAGAACCCCGCUUACCACCUGAACUUGAACCAUGUCGCUAGCCUGCAGGAGGCGCAAGAGAUUGUCCAGCGUCGUCAGGCCUUGCUCUGUGUGGCUGGUAACCCAAGCUUUAUGGUUGAUCUGUUCACUGUCCGCGGCGCACAGUAUCUCUCUAUUGUGGCGCAUGCGGCUGUUGUUGAUGUUCAUUCCCUGAACACUAUCAUUGGCCACCUGGACUACUUGCUGCAGUCCGACGCAGAGAAAAAGAAGCAUAUCUGGGAAAGUCAGCUUCUGUCUCAUGAUGAGUUCUCUCAUGCUUGGAUUGACCACCUCAAAGGCGAGAGUGAAAUGGGAACAAUCACCCGCUCAUCAGUGUCCUUUGCCAGUGUUACUUCCAUCAACAAGCAGGCGUAUGCGACCGAGGCCCUAGAUCUGGAUGCUCAUGCCACUAGCCUCCUUACCGGGCCGUGCAACCUUACGUUUGGCACGAACGCAGGGGAGCUACUUCUCGCAACAUUGAUACUGUCAUAUGAUCAGACCCUCAAGAACCAUGGCGGUCCCUCCUCAGCUAUUGUCGAAGGCUCGGCACGUCAGUCGACAGGGGGUCAUGUGGGACAGUUCUCUCUGCUGCAGCCCGUAAAUGUGUCGAGCCAGCGAGACCAGAUGACUCUUCAACUAAUCCGGGAGACCAAAGACCAGGUCCGCCACAAGGGAGAGAAGACGCUGUCUGAAUCUGCAGAUCUCAUCUUCAGCCAUGGCAUUUCGGGCCAAGCUGUUGGAGGUGUCGUGUUGAAACAGACGACAUCAAGUGAGCCACGCAGUCUAAGCGCCAUCAUUCCCACGGUGAUCCAGGUUUCCUCUUUCAUCGAAGACGGCCAGCUCAAGAUCACUGUCGGAUCUGACCAAGUCCGCAGUCAAGAGCUAUCUCAACUUGUCAGCCAGUUCAAACAAAACAUUGCGCAGACAGUGGAUCUCCUGGCAUCUGGCACCGUGAGAGAAUUUACGCUGGCAGACUUCCCACUGCUCUCCCUCGAUUACCAAUCCCUCGAGAGAAUGAACCGCCAGAGCUUCCCACGACUAGGUCUCAAGUCACACCAAAUACAGGACGUGUAUCCUUGCUCCCCUUUGCAGCAAGGUCUUCUCAUGAGCCAGGCCAGGAAGCAGGGCAGCUACAACGUCUCGAUUGGAUGGGAAGUCAUUCCCAGUGCAUCCUCUGACCGAGUCGACAUUGGAAGACUGCUUUCUGCGUGGCAAAAGGUGGUAGAUUUCCACCCCGCAUUGAGAACGAUCUUUACCGAUGAUCUCGGUGGCAAAGACCCGUACGCCCAGAUUGUUCUGAGACGUCCUAGAGCAGAGAUCUCGGUGACACCUUGCUCAGACGCUGGCGUUGAAUCUAUCCUCGAGGAGACGAUUGAUCUAGGCACGAGCCCGGUGGUCCCUCCACAUCGGUUCUCCAUCAACUUCACGGCUGAAGGCAAAGUCUUCUGCAGAGUCGAUGCUAGUCAUACCAUUGUCGAUGGUGUUUCCAAGUCAUUGAUUAUGAGAGAUCUCAGGCGAGCCUAUGAAGGAAGUCUGGACACGCGUACGGAAGGCGCCAGGUACAGUGAGUUCGUCAAAUACGUCGCCAACAACGACAUGUCGGCCAGUGUUGCGUUCUGGAAGAAUCAGCUUGCGGACGUCGAGCCAUGCUACUUCCCCAAGUUGGCCGAUACUAAAGCUGUGCCUGAACUCAAGUACGCCCAAGUACUGCUGGAGACGCCCGCCAGUGCUCUGCGCGAGUUCUGCGUCUCUCACAGCAUCACACUGUCCAACCUUCUCCAGACCGUCUGGGCACUCGUGUGUCGAUGCUACGUUGGCCGAGACGAUGUCUGCUUCGGCUACCUGGCAUCGGGCAGGGAUGCACCCAUCGAAGAUCUGGUCAACAUGGUUGGUCCGACGAUCAGUGUCCUGAUAUGCAAGGCAUUGCUCGACGAUUCCACGAUUGUCAAGGACGCGUUGAAGACGUGCCAGUCGGAAUUCCUGGAUUCUCUUUCCCACCAACACUGCUCGCUCGCGGAGAUUCAGCAUGCACUUGGGCUUGCAGGCAUGCCGCUUUUCAACACCGGUAUCUCCUUCCAGACCAUGACUGGUGUCGACAGUGAUGACACUACCGCCGAUGUUGACUUUGAGGGUCUCGUCGUUCGAGAACCGACUGAGUACAACAUUACGGUCCACGUUAUCGAUUCGCCGGACAACGUGGAUGUGAAGCUCGGAUACUGGACUAACUGUCUGUCGGAAUCCCAGGCUCAAUCCGUCUCGGGAACUUUCUCUGCCAUUCUCAAGUCUGUGCUCGAAAACCCCGAAGCUCGAGUUGAUCAACUCAGUGUUAUUGGUCGAUACGAUCUGUCGCAGAUUGUUUCCUGGAAUCAGGAUGUACCAGAAACGUCCCAGUCUACGGUCCCAGACCUCGUGCUUGAACAGAUCCAACGCACUCCCCGGGCCAUUGCAAUCGAUACUCUGCGUGAAAAGGUGACGUACGAGGAGUUUGGACAGAUGUGGUCGGCCCUGUCUCAGCACCUGACUCAACUUGGUGUUGGUCCUGGAGAUUUCGUGCCCUUGACAUUCGAAAAGUCCGCAUGGGCGAUCGUUUCCAUGCUCGCUGUUCUGGCCGCUGGAGCUGCGUUCGUGCCACUUGAUCCGAAGACCCCAGUGGAGCGUCUGCGCGAGGCUGCUCUCCAAACUGCAGCAAAGCUCAUCCUGGCAUCUCCCAAAUAUGCCUCCAACUGGGAAGGUCUGGUCCCGGCUAUUGUCAGUGUUGAUCGUACCAACCUCGAUGAGUUGAGAAAUACGGUCAACGGGCUCAGACCAGAGGCAGUAAAGGCUCGUCCUCAACAUGACGCAUAUGUCAUCUUCACCUCUGGCAGCACAGGAAAGCCCAAGGGAUGUGUUGUGCAACACUCUGCCUUCUGUUCCGGAGCCUUGGCUCAGGGAAAGCUCGCCUGUCUAGGCCCCGAAUCCCGCGUGUUGCAGUUUGCCUCCUAUAGCUUUGACGUUAGUCUCCUCGAGAUCAUGACAUCCCUCAUGUUCGGUGCGUGUAUCUGCGUGCCGGAUGAGGACCUCGGGAAAGACAUCAAGCGCUGCAUCAACGAGUUUGCGAUCAAUUGGACAUUCAUGACUCCAUCCGUUCUUAAGCUUCUGCAGCCAACUGAUGUGCCUUCCCUGAAGACCUUGGUUCUCGGUGGCGAGGCUCUUUCAAAGGGUGACAUCAUCACCUGGGCCGACAAACUGCAGCUGUACAAUGGAUACGGGCCCAGUGAGUGUUCUGUCGCAGCAGCGGCUAAUCCAGGCCUGCAGACUACUACUGAUCCAGCCAACAUUGGAAAUGCCGUUGGUGGUUUGCUUUGGGUCGCGGAUGCAAAGCAGCCAUCCCAAUUGCUUCCCAUUGGGGCCGUUGGUGAGCUUUUGAUUUCAGGGCCAAUCCUGGCAAGAGGCUACCUGGGCGAUCCCGAGAAGACUGCCGCUGCAUUUGUUGAACAGAAGAGCUUUAUCCCGGGAUCUGAGGAGCAGGAGCGAUUCUAUCGUACUGGUGAUCUCGUGCGGUACAACGCCGAUGGUACCAUUCAUUUCAUCGGACGAGCUGAUGGACAAGUCAAGAUUCGCGGUCAGCGUGUCGAACUGGGUGAGAUCGAGUACAACAUCGAGCGUGAUGAGAAUAUCCACCAUGCGCUCACUUUGCUUCCGUCUCAGGGACCGUUUAAAAAGCAGCUCCUGGCUGUUGUGUCUUUCAAGGGCUUCGAUCUCCCCGCUGAGGAUGGACAGAUUUCUCUCGUGCCAGAAGACCGGAGACCCGAGAUCAUGGCAGUCGUGACCAAAAUCGCUAACACCAUAUCGGCAGCCCUUCCAGUUUACAUGGUCCCUGCUCUGUGGGUGCCGGUGAAUGCAAUCCCUCUUCUGCCUUCUGGUAAGUUGGACCGGAAGAAGGUCCGCCGCUGGGUCGAGGCGCUGGACGACGCUACGUACGAGCAGAUUGCCAACGUAGGAUCGAAAGCCAGUGGCCGAGGCCCAAGCACGCCUACCGAGGCUGAACUGCGACGGAUCUGGGCCUCUGUGCUCAACCGCCCAGAGGAACAAAUCAGUAUGGAGCGGUCCUUCCAGAGCCUAGGUGGUGAUUCCAUUUCCGCCAUGCAGGUGAUCGCCCAGUGCCGUGAUGCUAAGCUAUCGCUCGCGGUCAAGGAUUUGAUCCAAUGUCCUACUAUCGCCGAACUGGCGGUGCGAGUGCGGCCUUUGGACGAGGAAGCCGAGCCAGUGGAGGAAGACAUUGGCGUUCCAUUCAACCUCUCUCCCCAGCAGACGUGGGAGUUUGACUUGAAACAGCACUGCGACCUUAAUCGUUACAACACUACGUUCCUUCUGUCGAUUCAUAGCGAUGCGGACCUGGAGCCAGUCGUUGACGCGACAGUCCAACGUCAUCCCAUGCUUCGUGCUCGGUUCCAGCGCGAUGUCUCUGGACGGUGGAUGCAGUAUAUUCCUAUUGACCAGACCAACAGUCACUUAUAUGAGGAGCUGGAGGUGCCUGACGUGACAGCCAUCGAACCAUACACCGCUCCUAACCAGUCCGGUUUCGAUUUGGAGCGUGGUCCUUUGAUGCGUGCUAUCGUCUUCAAGCUUCCGAACGGAGACCGCUAUCUUGCUCUCACAGUGCACCAUAUGGUCAUCGACACGGUUUCCUGGCGAAUCCUCCUCCAAGAUCUUCAGCAGGGCUUGUCCUCCGGAGCCAUCACCUCCCACCGAUCUGACUCUUUUGCCCUGUGGUGUCGCCGACUCAAGGAACAUGCCGACCAGAAAUGGACUCCCGAAUACGUGCUGCCCUUCUCGAUUCCUGCACCCCGAUACGACUACUGGCAGAUGGAGGAAUCCAUGAACCUGUUCGUGACCGAAACCAUCCAGGAGUUUUCUCUCGACACCAAGACCACCGCUCGUUUGAUGGGUAAAUGCAACCACCAGUUCGAGACCAAACCACUCGAUAUUUUCUUGUCGGCAAUCUUCCACGCAUUCAGCGCCACCUUCAGUGACCGUCCCGUGCCCGCGGUUUUCAUCUACAGUCAUGGUCGUGAUGAGUUUGGCGGCGAUCUCGACGUCUCUAACACGAUCGGAUGGUUCACCUCAUCCACCCCGGUGGUGAUCCAGCCAUCCGAGGAUAUCGUGGAUGACCUGCAGGCUGUGCGCGACGUGCGUGCCAGCGUCCCGGGUAACGGAGUCCCGUACUGGGCAACCCGCUGGCUGACCGAUGAUGGACACGCCGCUUUUGAGCACCACAGCCCGUUUGAGCUGUCCAUGAACUACCUCGGUCAGUACCAGCAGCUGGAGCGGGACGAUUCAGUCCUUCGCUAUGUGGACGUCAACAAGCCGAAGGCGACUGGCUCUGGCUCGGGUCUUCUUCGGACCGCGCUGGUCGAAACCCAGGCCAUCGUCAUCGGCGACUCGCUGCAGAUUAAGUUUGUGUACAACACGCGCAUGGCACGGCAGAAGCAGCUGCUCGAGUGGCAGGCGAAGGUGAAGGAGUCGUUGUUGGAGAUUGCGGAGCGUCUGGGAGAUGGUGUUGAGUGAGCGAAUUCCUCCUUUGAUUUGUAUAUAAUAUUGGUUCAUGGUUUCUGCUGCUGCAAUUUUGUGGUGUAUAUCUGGAUUAUGCUGUUUAUUGUCGAUUGGCGUUGGAAGCGAGAUUG